AAAUGACAGUGAUGGGGGUGGUGGGUAUCUCUCCACGGCUUUAAAGCUUAGGCUUUUCCAAAUUUUUUUUAAAAAGAAAUUGACAGCCCCCAAAACCUGGUGACUGACCGGGUGACAGAGGACACGGCCACCAUCUCGUGGGACCUGGUGCAAGCUGUCAUCGACAAGUACAUGGUGCGCUACACCUCUGCUGAUGGGGACACCAGGGAGGUGUCCGUGGGGAAGGAGCAGAGCAGCGCCAUCCUGACGGGCCUGAGGCCAGGUGUGGAGUACACGGUCCAGGUAUGGGCCCAAAAGGGGGCCCGGGAGAGCAAGAAGGCCGACACCAAGGCCCCAACAGAAAUUGACAGCCCCCAAAACCUGGUGACCAACCGGGUGACAGAGGACACGGCCACCAUCUCUUGGGACCCGGUGCAAGCUGUCAUCGACAGGUACAUGGUGCGCUACACCUCUGCUGAUGGGGACACCAGGGAGGUGUCCGUGGGGAAGGAGCAGAGCAGCGCCAUCCUGACGGGCCUGAGGCCAGGCGUGGAGUACACGGUCCAGGUGUGGGCCCAGAAGGGGGCCCGGGAGAGCAAGAAGGCCGACACCAAGGCCCCAACAGAAAUUGACAGCCCCCAAAACCUGGUGACCGACCGGGUGACAGAGGACACGGCCACCAUCUCGUGGGACCCGGUGCAAGCUGUCAUCGACAAGUACAUGGUGCGCUACACCUCUGCUGAUGGGGACACCAGGGAGGUGUCCGUGGGGAAGGAGCAGAGCAGCGCCAUCCUGACGGGCCUGAGGCCAGGUGUGGAGUACACAGUCCAGGUGUGGGCCCAGAAGGGGGCCCGGGAGAGCAAGAAGGCCGACACCAAGGCCCUGACAGAAAUGCGGCAGUAA